GUCAACCCAAGGUAUGUUGACGUUUUACUGCAGUGAAAAAUAAAAGAAAAAAUCCAUCGCUUGAUUCAUCAUAUUCUUGGGUGUGUGUGAUCGUUUCCCGAUUGUUUAUCUCAUCAAGCGUCACAAUGGCCAAAAACACAUCCAGCUCGGCGUUCCGAAAGAUCGACGUUGACCAGUACAACGAGGACAACUUUAAGGAGGAUGACGCGGAUCAGGCCUCCAGCGGGAUGAUUGUGCCGGAUGAGGCCGAAAUCAACUCGCUGCUGAAUUCGGGCCGGAAUAUUGAUGCACUUAAAACCGUCCUCCAGAAUGCACCGCUGAUGUGCAAAAACCAGCAGGUGAAGGACAAUGCGCUGAGCCUCACGUUGCGUGUGCUGCUGUCGAUUAAAUCGUCCCAGAUCGAUGCCGCCAUCGAGUCGCUGGACGAUCCGGAACUGUGCGACGUGCUGAUGAAGUACAUCUACCGCGGGUUCGAAAUUCCCUCGGAAGGUUCGAGCGGACACCUGCUGACCUGGCACGAGAAAGUGUUCGCCAAGGGAGGAGUAGGAAGCAUCGUCCGGGUGCUGUCGGAUAGUGCACGCGCAUAAGUCUGUUCCAUUCACUCUACGAGUGAUUGGAAAUCAGCAAUCGUACCAGAGAGAGAGCAAAGUCAUUUUUCAUCUUUUUGAAAGUUAUUUCUUCCUUUUAGAUAGCUGCUGCACAGUUUUAGCAUUUUGUUUAUGAAAGUAUUUCUUUUUGCCGUACAGUUUUUCCUCGAUUGUACAUCCGACAUCCGCAUAAAGGAGAGAGAGGCGCGGCGGUUGUGAUUGUGGUUUAUUUUGAAUUUGUUAAAUAAAUAGGCGAUAUAUCGAAAACA